UCAGGAAACGACGUUGGCAGAAGUUCUUACGGUGCCAUGCAAGUGAAACAAGUUUUUGAUUAUGCCUACAUUGUUCUUAGCCAUGCAGUAUCACCACUUGCAAGAUCAUAUCCAAAUAGAGAUUCUGAGAGCACAUUAGGUAGAAUCAUCAAAGUGACCCAAGAAGUGAUUGACUACAGGGCCUGGAUUAAAAAGAAGUGGGGGAGCAAAAUUAAUUUAUCACCUGAACUUGAUAAUAGGUUGAAAAUAAGAGACCAGAUAGCUCCGUGCAAUGGAGAACAGCAACAAAACAGAGACUCAGAACCAUCUUACAACCAGCGCUUGGCUUUGUCACUGGCUAGUACACAACAGUUAUCCUCCGGCUCAUCUGCUUCUUCUGUAUCAUCACUCUCCGGCAGUGACAUUGAUUCUGAUACACCACCUUGCACAGCUCCUAAUGUUUACCAGUUCAGUCUGCAAGCACCGACUCAGCUUAUGGCCAGUUUACCACCCGCAUUGCCUAUGCCAAGUGGUAAACCCCAAUCUGCGCCUACGAGAACCUUGAUAAUGGCCGCCAGUAAUCAGCAGCACAGUGGAAUGAAGUUUUCCAUGAAAGGGACUCAUAACCAAGGCAACAGCUACAGCCCCGUCAGUAGUGGAGGCAUGAGGCAACCAGUUGGUAACCGAGGACACCACCAGUACAAUCGUAAUAUCUGGAGGAGAAAAAAACACAGAGACAGUUUGCCUAUUAGUCUGAGCAGAUAA